AUGUCAAGUGAUCAUAAUCAUAAUGUGUCAUUAGAUGUGAAUAAUAAAUUCCCCUAUGAUGAAACUAAUUCCACACCAAUAGUGUCACAUGCUGACCAGGAGAAGAUACCAAGAAAAAAAACACUGAUGAUGAAUUCUUCUACUUCUGAAGAAGAAGAACAAAACGAAAUCAAUGUACCUCAUAAAACAUCCAAAUCAAUGACACAAUUUCAUUUAACCAAAUCGGAAUAUAUUCAUUAUGCUGCUGUACCAUUAUUGCCAGAUGGUGUGGAUGUGAAUCCGAAUAUUGUUUCGCGAAGAGAUACAUUGUCUUCUUGUAGAAAUCCACUCACCUAUACAGCAUCUUUAUUUCAUCAUAGUCAUAGUCAUGGUAUGACUUUAUUCGAUUGUUUGUCGUUUAAUUCAACCGGUGUUACUACUACUAAUACUACUACUACUACUACAUGUCAAGAGAUUACAGAACAUGAAUUAUCGGAAAAAAUUUACAAUAGUUUUAGUAUUCGAUUUAAUAAAUCGAUAAAUUACAAACCUGAUCCUAUUUCACCAAUCAAACCAGCUUCUCAUGAAACACAAAUAUUAUCGAAUUCAAUUCAAAAUCCUCAUACACCUGGUAGAAUUGACUUUAUACGUGUAUCUAGUCUACUCGCGCGUAGACAACAAUAUUUAAAUCGUUUGAAAAUGAAACAACACUUCCUCAAUUCGUCUUUACCAAAUUAUGAUUUGAAAAGGCACACUAUACAACAACCACAGCAAGCACAACCAUCACAAACUCAAUUAUUCGCUCAAUCAAUGCAACCAACCAAUAAUAAUGCACCUCUCCUGGUAAAAACCAAUACAUUCCCUUCAACCCAACAUCCUUAUCGAUCAAUCAUGCCAUUAUCGUUAAGUUUGGAAGAAAAUACCAAAUCAUGCAGUAGUUUUGCUUAUUCUCAUCACCAAUCUACAUGGAAUGAUGAUACUACGUUCAAUUAUAAGGUGGAUCAAAUGAGAAAGCCAUCAUUACAACAACAAAGCUCAACCAAUAGACAAUAUCAUAACUGUAUUGAUCAUUCGUCCUACAAUGAUGAUGAUUGUUGUGCUUUAUCGUACAAUUAUGAAAAUCAUUAUCAUAAAUCCACGCGAACUAAUCAUCAUUUACAAGGUGAUACACACAGCACCGAAUGGAAUCAACAUCAUCAUCAUCAACAGCAGAAGCAGCCUCAACAGCCUCAACAUCAGCCUCAGCAGCCUCAACAGCAACAAAUGAAACACACUACUUCGCCAACAAAAGAAACUUGUCCAAAAAAUGAUCACUUAAUGAUGAUGAUGUUGAUGAUGAGGCGGAGGCGGAGGACAACGACAACGACGAACAAAUCAAACAAACCAAUUUGUGAAAAAAACGAGAAUAAUAAUUUACCUGAGCUAAUGAAAACUUCAAUUGGUAUCCAGUGUUCUAUGGAACAGUUACAAGGUAUUAUUAGUAGUAUUGGUUGUUUAACGAACACUACUACUGAUACAUGCUGCGAUGCAGCUGUACAAACUGACAUGGAUUAUACACAAUAUUCAUAUUCUGGAAUUUCACAAUCAGAUCAACUCAUGACAAAAACUCAACAAUCAUUAUUCAAUGAGAAUGUUGUAACAUCAUCAUCUUCGAAUCAAGACACUGUACAAACGUCACUGGAUGAAUUUUUCAGUUUAUCACGACCUGUAUCGUCAGUCAGUUUAGAAACUUUAUUCAGUCGAACACUACGUAAACAAUUAUCAACUUCAAUGAUUGAAAUCCCCUAUACAAAUUCAUGUAGAAAAUUUGACAAACGAUUGAAUAAUCAACGAUUCUCUAUGACUAGUAGUAUUAGUAGUAAUAGUUUACAUCGAUUCGAUUAUCAUCAACAACCACAGUACAUCACGCAUCAUUCACAAAAGCAUUCAUCACUGUAUCCUUUUUCACAAUCAGCACAUCCACAGUAUCAUUCCAAUCGACGUAACAUACGAUUGUCAAUGCUACCAACCUCAUCAUCAUUGCUCAAUUCAGAUAAUUAUUAUUUUAAUUCCAAACAGAAUCGUCAUCGACGUUUAGCGGUAGAACAAGAAGGAGGAGAAGAAGAAGAACACCACCACCGACAAAAACUGAAAGACAUCAACGACGACGACGGCGGUGAUGAUGAUGAAGAUGACGACGAUGAGGAUGAGGAUGACGAUGAUGAAUAUUAUCUAAUUGAUAAUAUUCCAUUGAUUGGUAGUACUUCAUUGCACAGUGAUGAUUCAACUUUACUCCUAUCACAUCCAUCUUGUUAUUAUGAAGAAUCACUGAUCAAAAAUGAUACUAAUAAUAAUAUUGGUAAUAAUAAUAAUAAUAACAGUAAUAAUGUUUUGUGUGCUGAGAAUGUUUCAUAUUUUCAAAAGUUUCCACCAUCCACAUCAUCAUCAUCAUCACCACAGUCUAAUAAACGAAUGCCUUUAUCGGAAAUUCAAUCUAUUCAAAAAUGA